AUGCGUAUUUUGAAGACUGUUCAGGCACCUUCCAACUCUGAAGUCCAUGAGGCUAGAAUUUUUAGGCAUGAUGAUCAAAUUCACUCUCGCUCCUUCCCUCCGCCAUCGCGCUGUGUGGCUUGCCUCUUCCUCGCCUUGUCUUCUCACAAGAUUUCCAGGAUCAAGCGAUUCCAAGCCAAGAAACAAAAACAGAAUCGUCCCAUUCCCCAGUGGAUUUGGAUGAAAACUGAUAAUAAAAUCAGGUACAAUUCCAAGAGGAGGCACUGGAGAAGAAGCAAGCUGGGUCUGUAA